CAGCAAACCUCACAAUACUCUGACCCGUCUGCGCCUCAAACCACUGAAGAUAACCCCUCACAGACUGGAUUAUUACUUAACCAAAACUUAAACUGGGACUUUAUCUGGAAAUCAAACUACAGCAGAAAUGGCAUCGAGUGAACUGAGUAGAAUUCUCAACAACGCAAAUGCCAACUUGUACCCAUCUGAACCACAGCCCAACUUGUUGAGCAUGACCGUGUCCAUGGGGAGACCACCGCAUCUAUCCGAGAUCACCUGCAACAGCAACAACGCGAUGGGCCACUGGCACCAAGUGAACCCGCAGUUGUGGGCUAGGCAGGAUGUUCUGGAGUGGAUUGGAUUUCAAGUGGAGGAGAGCAGGUUUGACGCCAGUCUGUUGAACAUGGCCUGCUGCAACAUGGAUGGGCCUACACUGUGCUCAUUGACCAGAGAAUCCCUGAUGAGUGUGUUCGGGGCAGAGUUUGGGGAUCAACUCCACCGCAGUCUGGAGAACCUCAAGUCCAGAUAUGCUAAUUACCAGUCUGAGAACCCUGUUCUAAGCGAAUCUGAAUAUGAUCUACUGGACACCAUCCUGCAGUAUUCGUUUCCAUUCAUGACCGAGCCAGGUCUUGGACCCCUACUGGAUACUGUGGUUGUCCAGUCGUCCACCCCAGCUGAUAAUUCAGACACCGAAUACAGUUACUUUAAUGAGUACAGAAACCGACUGACUCCAGAGAGUGACCAUGGCUACGAUUCUCUACCCGAGAGUCUUAAGAGCUCUCACACGGGCAGCUUCUUGAACCCGAGCUCACCAGAGUCCUGUGGAAGCGAUUCUGACCCAGAAUACUCAGAGACAAAUUACUCCGUCAGCACCAACAAUUUCGUGAAACAAGAGCCAUCAGAGGUAAAGAAGAGAGGCAGAGGACGACCUCCAAAAAUGAGUCGGGAAUCUGACAACUUCAUUGAGUCCAAGAAAACCAAACACGCUCCAAGAGGAACCCACCUGUGGGAGUUCAUCAGGGACAUUCUGAUCAACCCAGAACAGAACCAUGGUCUGAUGAAAUGGGAGGACCGGAGAGAUGGCGUCUUUAAGUUCCUGAAGUCUGAGGCUGUUGCUCAGCUAUGGGGCCAAAAGAAGAAGAACAGCAGUAUGACCUACGAGAAGCUCAGCAGAGCUAUGAGGUAUUACUAUAAGAGAGACAUUCUGGAGAGAGUGGAUGGACGCAGACUCGUCUACAAGUUUGGGAAGAAAUCCACUGGUUGGAGGAUAGAGGAAACUGGAUACUGAAGCUGACCCGAUGGUCACUUUCAACCGUAGAGUCAUUGGACUCCUACUAAUGAGGAACUUUAGGCUGAGUUUGGUUGCUCUGAAGAUCCUCUCUAUAGAAACACACUCUUCCCAGAGGGAAAAAGUUUUGCAGAAACUGUAAGCCAUUGUUUUGGCUAAUGUAGGUUUUAUGAACCUGUAAAAAUGUUGUAAAUACCACUAGCACCAGUCCGGUUUGGAUGGCACGCUGGCGUGGCCUGGAUCAGACUCCAUUUGCUAAACCACUUUAAACUUUGUAAACUUUGUUCUACACAAUGGUUGAACUGUGAGAGUAUGUAAAGCUCUGUAAAAUCUCUUUGGUGUUGAGGAAAUUAAGUUUGAAUGAACUGCAAAGGGAUUUUGCCAACGGUUGAACAAACUCAGAACAGAAGGACAUGAUGGUGGUAUGAAGUGCUGUUCACAUCUGUCGUACUGAUUGAUAUAUCUAUUCCACUGUUUAUAGACUCAUGUAAGAACAACGUAUUCUUCAUUACACUGCUCAAUCAAGUACAAAUCUGAUUAUAUCACUGACGAUUCUGCUCAAUGUUUCUGUGAUUUGAAGUCACUGGAUAAUAUGUACGAGGUUUCCCUCUCAAAUCUUAUACUGUAUUUAACACUUAUGUAUGGCAUAUAUUUGCUUUUUUGUAUAAACAUUUUGUGAAAUAAAGUUUGAUUAAAAAUACCUAUGCACCCUGGUUA